AUGGACGGUUUCGGUGACAACUUUACUGGUAAUGAUGUCGAAGUUGAUCCAGCAGCUGAAUUCCUAGCUCGGGAGCAAGACCAGUUGGCUGGUCUCGAAGAUGAUAUUCCACCAGUUGCUAUGACUACAUCUGUACCAAUAAUCUCAGCUACUGAAGAUGAUUUAUCUGGUAACUUUGAAAAUAUGACAGUCGAAUCCGGUGGAAAUGGUACUACUACCGGUAGCUUCGAGAUGAUUAAUACUAUUGAUCAACCUACUGAAUCAGUUUCAACGCCAGGUAAACCUGUUGUCGCGAAAGAAGAACCUGAAAAAAUAAAAAAAUGGCGCGAGGAACAAGCUCAAAGACUUGAAGAAAAAGAUAUCGAGGAAGAAAAGAAGAAAGAAGAAUGGAAGAAAGCUGCCAAGAAAGAACUCGAGGAAUGGUACAAACAUCAUGCUGAAACAACUAGUAAAACUAAAGCAACUAACAGAAACGCUGAAAAACAAUUCGUAGCAGAAGCAGGAGAAGUCGAGCCAGGAACCGAGUGGGAGCGUAUCGCGAAACUGUGUGACUUCAACCCAAAAUCUUCGCGGAUAUCCAAAGAUGUAUCGCGUAUGCGAUCAAUUAUUUUACAACUUAAACAAACGCCUCCAGCCACUACAUCAAUGAACGCUUAA